AUGAGUGAAAAUAAUAAUAGUAAUAAUAAUAAUAUGUCACAUCGUUCAUCUGUCUUUGUACCCUUCGAGUCUCUUACACAACGAGUUAUCAAUUCUGUAGUUUCAGUUGCAACAACGUUUCGUAGGCCUGGUUUUGAUUACAGUGAACGUACGAUUCUCAUAUUUUUACUUGAAAUAAAUAAAAAACUAAAAGAGAUUGAGAAAAUAAUCCAAACAAAUAGCACAGAAGUUGAUCAAAGCAUGAUUCAACACGCACAAGAUGUUCGACAAUGGCUCGUGAAUACAAAUAAACAAUCAUUAAAUUGGAUAGAACUUGAAAAGAAAUAUAGUAAAAUUGCCGACCAAAAUUGUGAUGAAAUGGCUCAUUAUUACGGAUCUAAUAGUGCUGAACCUUAUUUUGAAUUAAAAGUCAAAACUCGAUAUGCUGGUGUACUACAAUCUCGUGAGUAUAUUAAAAAAUUUCGAGAAAAUGGCUUUAAUCCAAAAGAACUUAAGCUGUAUUGGAACGUGAAACAAAUUGAAAAUCUUUGUCCCGAAUCAAGCGGAAAAAUUCCGUAUGACCCAUCAGAUGAUGAUGCUAUUGAAAAUCUUCGUGAAUAUCCUGUUAGUGAACGAAAUAAUAGCGGUAGAAUAAUUUACAUAACAAAUGGCAUCGAAAAAACAGUUUUUGAUGUACCAGAAAAUGCUCAAAUUAUUCUUUUGAAUUUUGCAAAUGAACAAUCUCCAGGCGGUGGAUAUUUAAGGCAUGCACGAGCACAAGAAGAAAUUCUUCUUUAUAAUUCUGAUGCUUAUCGUGCAUUACUUGAUCUAAAAUAUGGACGCAUGAAUGGUGGCUAUGCAAUACCUGAAUUUGGAUUAGCUUAUGUUCGUGAUAUUCGAAUUUUUAAAUCGCUAUCAUCGGAUGAAUAUCGAAAAGCUGAUAUGUUAGUAUCUGCUUGUUAUUGUAUGAGUGGUCAUGAACUUUAUAAAAAUCCAAGAAAUAAAGAUGACUGGAAAAAAAAGAAUUUAGCAAAAUUUCGUGCGUUUAUAGCAGCGGCUGUUGCCAAUACAAUUGGUAAUGGAAAAAACACGUACCUUCUACUUGGACCUAUUGGUACGGGUGCAUUUGGAAAUGAUGUUAAAUGUAUUGGUGAAGUUUUUUAUGAGGCGCUUAACUUACCAAUGAUGGGCUCAAAAGGACCAAUAAAACAUGCUUUUGAAUAUAUUUGGUUUGUUUCGACUGAUCGAUGGAAAAAUGAGGAAUUCAAGACGAUCUUUGUUAGAGACAAAUCUGACACAUACUAA